GAGUGUGUCAAGUCCACUGUAGGCACACACUUCUCUGUCAGCAACUAUAGAUAUAACUGGAAUAUAUCACACCAGGGUAUUUAUUUUCCCUUUUCUAUAUCAGAUUUGGUCUUCAUCGAUCUGCAAAUAUGACAAUUAGAACAGUCCGUCCAGACCGGGGACAACAUUUCCGGCCCCGCAUGCACUGCCUCAAAAAGCUGGAGGCCAUUGUGGUGGAGAUGCAGGACUCGAAAAGUGGGGUCAAGGGCUCGGAGCAGAAACUUAACGUCACUACCAUCCCACAUGUCAUCGCUGGUAAGGACAUCAUUGCAUGGACUGCCAACAAGAUGAAGACCACUCCAGAAGAGGCCCAGGCCUUUGGCACCAUGUUAGUGGCCUAUGGCUACAUCUACCCUCUGCAGAACCACAAGAAGCUGGUCAUGUGCAAUGAUGCCAGCCUCUACCGCUUCCAGACGCCAUACUUCUGGCCUACACAGAAAUGGGUUGCAGAAGACACUGACUACGCCAUUUACCUGGCAAAGAGGAACAUCCGCAAGAAAGGCAUGCUGGAACCCUAUGAACAGGCACAUUACAACCACCUCCAUGAAUGGCUGAACCACAAAUGGGACUUUAUCGUGAUGCAGGCCACUGAACAGUACAAGGCUGGUAAGGAGAGGAAGAAGCCGGAUCGUGUGGUGUUUGACUGCCAGGAGAGGGCUUACUGGAUAGUGAACAGGCCACCGCGUCGUACUCACAGUGCUAUGGACGGUGGUCCAGAUUGUCUUUUUGAUCCCACUGCGGAUGAGAAAAUCAGCUUUGACCAGUACAGACGCAAGAACAUGUUCUAUCAACAAGCCAUCAUGAGGUCAAAGGUCAAAUCUAGCGUGUCCCUUGGAGCACUGGUCAAGUACAUCACAACCUAUAAAAACCACGACCCGUUCCUGGCCCCCUGUCUACCCAGCAACCCCUGGCAAACAGACAAUGACGCAUACUGGACUCUCAACAUGAGAAGAGUUGAUGUCCCCACUAAGAUGCGAGUAGAGCGCUGGUCCUUCAGUUUGUUCGAGCUGCUGAGCGACCUGCGAGGCCGAGACGACUUCAAGAGCUUCCUCAAGAAAGAGUUCAGUGGGGAGAACUUGGCUUUUUGGGAGGCAGCUGAAGAACUGAAGUGGGGCACUUCAUCUUCCAUGUCAGCAAAAGCAGAGACCAUCUUCAAGACCUUCCUGGCCCCGGGUGCCCCCCGCUGGAUCAACAUUGAUGGCAGAACAAUGGGUCUGACAGUGAAAGGCCUGGACCAUCCUCACCGCUACGUGCUGGAAGCAGCUCAGACACACGUCUUCCUGCUCAUGAAAAAGGACACGUUCUUCCGUUACCUCAAGUCACCGGUGUACAAAGAAAUCCAGAAGAAGGCACUGAACCCUGAGCCUCAUAACUUCAGUCCGGCCCAGCUAGAGCAAAAUGCGCGGAACCUAAGCCCAGGCAUCCAUCCCAUCAUCCUCUGGCAGCAGGAAGAGGAAGAGAAUGCCAAGGCCGCUGCUGCCUCCGCCCCUGUUGACGUCAAGGCCAUGAUGAGCAAAAUAGACAGGAAGAAGUAGAGAUAUGCAGUGGAAGUGUGUGUGUGGGCAGGGUUCUACAUGUCA